GUGGCUUUGUCAAAAACCAUUAAAAAAAAAAAAAAAAAAGAAAAAAAAAAAGGGGGAAAGGCAAUCUUCCCAAAUAUUUUCUCGGAAAAUCUGUUGUUCCUCAGAUUUUCUCAGAAAAAGUGUUACGAGGUUCUACAUUUGUAAACUUUUCUCCCAGUCUGCUUUCGGAAGGGAAAAAAAGAAAAAAGAGUGCCGAAUUUGACCAUCAUUUCUUUCCUUUUCAGCAACCGAGCUGCUGAGAUUUCGGGUUUUCUGUUUCAGUUUUCGAGUCGUUUUUCUAGCCUAUUGUUUUUUUUUUUUUUUUCCUCCAAAUUAACUGAGAAAAAGAAUUCACUGGUUUGUUUUUUUGAGUGAAUACUGUGGGAUUGAAACCAUCCUGCUGGGCUGUGUUUGAUAUUGAGUCCAUAUUUUCUAGUACAGAAAGGGAAAUUAUUGAGAGUUUGGUUGUGAAAUUUCGCUACAACUUUUUAAGUUGGAAAAAGAAUCCAAAAAAUAAUCAUCGAAUUAGGAGCUGGUUCUUUUAGGUUGCUUGGAUUAGAUUGCAAUUAAUCUAAGAGAGUUUAAUUGGAGAGUGAUUGUUUUAAUAUUAUUUUUUGUUGUAAAGAUGACGCUCGACUCGAUGCCUGGAAGCUCAGGGUACUUGGAAUUGUACCCUGAAAGAAAAAUGGCGUAUUUCAAGAACCCUUAUGUUCUGGGUCUCACUGUUGUCGCUGGGAUUGGUGGUUUGCUCUUUGGAUACGACACAGAUCAUGACAGCAUUUUUAAUAGCCUUCAGGAUCUGCUUCAGAUUGUUGCAAGAAGAUAUUUAUGGUGUGAUAUCUGGUGCACUUUUAUAUAUCAAAGAUGAUUUUGAGGCUGUCAGUAAAAGUAGUUUCCUACAGGAAACUAUUGUAAGCAUGGCUUUGGUUGGUGCUAUGAUUGGAGCAGCAGCAGGUGGUUGGAUUAAUGAUGCAUUUGGGCGUAAAAAGGCCACUCUUCUAGCUGAUGUUGUUUUUGCUCUUGGAUCAGCUGUCAUGGCUGCUGCACCAAAUCCAUAUAUUCUUAUAUUGGGGCGACUUCUGGUUGGCCUUGGUGUUGGUGUAGCAUCUGUUACUGCUCCUGUGUAUAUUGCAGAAGCAUCACCAUCAGAAAUAAGGGGAGGGUUAGUUAGCACAAAUGUUCUUAUGAUAACUGGUGGACAAUUUCUUUCCUACCUUGUAAAUCUUGCUUUUACAGAGGUCCCUGGCACAUGGAGAUGGAUGCUUGGAGUUGCAGGUAUUCCUGCUGUAAUUCAAUUCUGUCUCAUGCUCUGUCUGCCAGAAUCUCCUCGUUGGCUUUUUAUAAAGAAUGAAAAAGCUAAAGCAAUUUCAAUCCUUUCCAAAAUUUAUGAAUUCCCUCGUUUAGAGGAUGAGGUUGACUACCUUUCUUCUCAAUUGGAGGAUGAACGGCAGAAGAAGAAUGGUGUCAGUUACUGGGAUGUUUUUAGAAAAAAAGAGAUCAGACUUGCAUUUUUUGCUGGUGCCGGACUUCAGGCGUUUCAGCAAUUUGUUGGUAUCAACACAGUUAUGUAUUACAGCCCAACAAUUGUCCAGAUGGCUGGCUUCCAUUCCAACCAGCUAGCGCUUCUAUUGUCCCUCAUAGUGGCUGCUAUAAAUGCUGCAGGAACAGUCCUUGGCAUUUACCUAAUCGACCAUGCGGGACGAAGGAAGCUAGCACUCACAAGCUUAUUUGGUGUAGUCAUAUCUCUUAUCAUCCUCUCUUGGUCGUUCUUUGUUGAAUCAUCUGAUUCUACUAGUGUACUCUAUGGUUGGAUGGCAGUUUUAGGAUUAACCCUGUACAUUGCAUUCUUCUCGCCUGGAAUGGGCCCUGUGCCAUGGACUGUGAACUCCGAGGUAUAUCCAGAAGCAUAUCGAGGGAUAUGCGGAGGCAUGUCAGCUACUGUCAAUUGGGUUUCAAACUUAAUCGUCGCCCAGUCGUUUCUAUCGGUUGCCGAAGCGGUGGGGACUGGUGCAACAUUCUUAAUUCUUGCAGGUGUGGCUGUGGUUGCAUUUGCAUUUGUGAUUGUUUUUGUGCCUGAGACAAAGGGCUUGACAUUUGAAGAAGUGGAAGCUAUUUGGAAAGAGAAAGCUUGGGGCAGUGGUUCCACCACUCGUAGCCUGCUUGAGAGGGGAAAUGAGUUUUAGGUAGGUUUUUUUUUUUUUUGGGUCUUUUGAAGUUUGAAAAAAGUUGUAGCAAGUAAAACUUGUAUCAUAUCUAUCUUCAAUGUGCUAAUGAGAAUUCAAUGCAUUAAAAACUACAA